AUGGCAGGUCGCAACAUCUCUCACGGCCGCGGAGGCGCGGGAAAUAUCUACUCCGCCAAAGACACCAGGGAAGUCGUCACCACACCAAAGGACCUCGUCACCCCCACCAUCAAGCAGGAUGUCUUUACCACGGGCCGAGGAGGCUCGGGAAACAUGAUGGUCAAUGAUCCCCAGCGUCCCGAACUCGCGCGCGAAAGCCAGGAUGUCGAAGCGCCCCCUCAGCGUGUCGAGCAGGGUCCACACCAUACAGGUCGGGGCGGCGCUGCAAAUGCCUAUAUCCCCUCCACCAAGGAAGAAGAAAAGGCCCGCGAGCAGGCAGAAGAAGAAGUGCGAAAGUUGCACGCUGCUACCAAGGAGCGCGUCAAGGAGUUUGAGGAGGCCGAGAAACGCAGCCAGUCUACCUCGAGCUAA